CUUUUCCGUUUCCUCUUUAACGAAGCGCAGUCAAGAUGAAAGCUAAAGGAGUGCUGAAGGAAUACCAGGUGAUCGGGCGCAAGCUGCCCUCGGAGAAGGAGAAGAACCCUCCGUUGUUCAAGAUGCACAUCUUUGCCCCGGACCACAUCGUGGCCAAAUCGCGCUUCUGGUACUUCCUGCGUCAGCUGCGUAAGUUCAAGAAGGCUACCGGCGAGAUCGUGUCGGUGAAGCGCAUCAUGGAGAAGACCCCGCUGAAGGUGAAGAACUUCGGCAUCUGGUUGCGUUACGAUUCGCGUUCCGGUACGCACAACAUGUACCGCGAGUACCGUGAUCUGACCGUUGGCGGUGCUGUCACGCAAUGCUACAGCGAUAUGGCUUCGCGCCAUCGUGCCCGUGCCCAUUCGAUUCAGAUCAUCAAGGUGGAAUCUAUCGCCGCGUCCAAGACACGCCGUGCGCACAUCAAGCAGUUCCACAACGCGAAGAUCCGAUUCCCGCUGGUGCAGCGAUACCACCACAAGCGCUACCGGAAGCUGUUCUCUUACCGCCGUCCGGCCACCUACUUCCAGUAAGGAGCAAACGGGAUUCCAUCAUCCCGCCACCACCGUCGCCGUUCUCUCUCUCGGCAUCCUUUCCAUCAGCGGUGGAGCAACAACGGCUUCACCUCCGGGGGGAGAUCCCUCUCCGUAUACUCUUUCACUCCGGUUCUCCUUGGUGUGGCCACUGCGAGUGGGUGCGUGUGCUGUGCGUGUGUGUGUGUAUUCGGCGCGUGGUGGUGUGGUGUUGUAUUCCGGACAGUGUAUAACAACAGAAGGGAAUGUCCCUUUUUAAUUUACACACACUGAUUCGGUUGCGCGUACAGUGCAACCUCCGGAAACAAAUCCAUAUUAGGGGAGGGAGAGAGAGAUAAGUGAAUAAAAAAAUGGUGAAAAAUCCUGCAACAACAAAAAAAAGUAUUGCCA